CUACUGGGUGUUUACUAACACUGACACGGACGGGAUAAAGCGCGCCACCUACUGGGUGUUUACUAACACUGACACGGACUGGCAGACAGGCUAAAAGUGCGCAACAUCACGUGACUAACUGCGGCCGUUAGACCAACCAAAAAUGUCGGUUGCCUGGUCGUCGCGAAGCUUCUACGUCACCUCUUUCGCCCAUGGCAUGUCUGCUGAGCCCCUAGCGCAGGACUGAGUAUGGCGAUAUGUCACUUUUUCCUCCAGGGUCGCUGCCGGUAUGGGGAGAGGUGCUGGAACGAGCACCCGAGAGACGGACGUCCCCAUGGCCAGGGCCGGUACCAGCAGCCUCCUCCGCCGCAGCUCCCCCCAGCUGGUUCAACAAAAUGGGCUUCACCAGGUUACUCCAAGUCUACGACAUGGACCAACAGAGAUAAUGACAAGACGUCAUUUGGGCAAUUUUCUGGUGAUAGAAACAGAAACCUUAAACCCAGUGCUUCUUCUGGAUCCUUUUCAACCCAGAACCAUUAUUCUGCACUGGCCCCCAAGGAUCAUACCAAAGAUUAUGCCCAGGAUAGGCAAACCGACAGAGAUUUGACCCUCUAUGAUGACCUCUUGCAUGACUUGGACAACUGGGAAUCUUCUGGGCAGUGGAAGUUCUCUGCUUAUUCGACCUCAAAGGAUACGUGUAAUAUAUCAGGUUUUGGAGACAUCUCGCCUGAAGAGCUUCGCCUGGAAUGUUAUGCGUCUUUGGAACAAGGACAUCUUCCAAACUAUGUGAAUUCAGUACAACAACUGACAAGUCAAUGGAAAGGGCGGGUACAGGAACUUAAGAACCUGAAUCCAGCAAGUAAAUCUGCGCUGAUUAAUGAACUCAAUAGGCCAUCUGCUAACCCAGCACCGACGUUUGGAGGACUGCAAAAAUCUGGCUUUGGGCCUUCCAACCCUACUACCAACAGUGCAGUACCAUCCGCUUCCGCCUUCAGCUUCAAACCAGACGCCAUGAGCACUGUACCAAAUGCAGGCUCCAACUCUACAGUUGCUAGUGCAGGAGCCUUCGCUAGUAAACCGCCAGUUGGUUUUGCCAACAAAGUGUCCGCUGCUUCCUUUUCUUUUGCCGCAACGACACAGCCCGGUGUUGGAGCAUCGGUAUUCCCAGGGUUUGGUUCAGCCACCACUGCUCCAAGUAUGGGAGCAUUUUCUAAUUUAACUUCUGGCUUUGGAUCAGGGUCUACUGGCACAACAGUAGCUACUGGAUUUGGGAGUAGUGCAGGUGCUACUGGAUUUGGGAGUAGUGCAGGUGCUACUGGAUUUGGGAGUAGUGCAGGUGCUCCUGGAUUUGGGAGUAGUGCAGGUGCUCCUGGAUUUGGGAGUAGUGCAGGUGCUCCUGGAUUUGGGAGUAGUGCAGGUGCUCCUGGAUUUGGGAGUAGUGCAGGUGCUCCUGGAUUUGGGAGUUUUGCAGGUGCCCCUGGAUUUGGGAGUAGUGCAGGUGCUCCUGGAUUUGGGAGUAGUGCAGGUGCUCCUGGAUUUGGAAGUACUGCAGGUGCUCCUGGAUUUGGAAGUAGUGCAGGUGCUACAACAACUUUUGGAGGUGCCCCUACUAUUGUGGGUGCUGGUGCUUCUGGGACUUCUGGUUUUGGGGCACAGACAACAGCAGUUUCUGAUCUUUUUAAGGCUGGGGUUUUGAGUUCAGCUCCCACUGCGCCAGUGUUUGGACAAAUCCCUGCUGCCUCAGUAACCAGCACUGCAGCCCACGCCUCUACACCAGAUGCCGGCUCUACCAAUUCUUUAUUUACACCCAAGGCUCUCCUCUCUGCCGAAGACCUCUUGCAGUUUGCAGCAAAAAGAUUUUCACUGGGAAAGAUCCCUUUGCUACCUCCACCAGCAGAUCUUUUAAAUGUGUAAUAACCAAUAAUACAGUACUUUUUUACAGUGCCAGAGUUUCUUGCAUUUCUUUGUAUAUUGCUGUAAAUAGACGUAGAAGAAUAUUUCCACCCACGUCUGUGCUGCUGACCAUUUUAUAGUUUUAUAUUAGGCCCUUCUCAAAAUAAAUGUUAACGCUUUUA